CUGGUUUCCUCUGGCAGGGAGAGGCUUCCCAAAAAGGAUCCAGGAGGGAUCCAGGAGGGAUCAUGGAGCCCAUUUCGAGCUGGGAGCCCCCAAAGGUGGUGACUUGGAUGAGAGGGCUGGAUCCGGUCUUGCAAGGCUACCCUUUUGAGACCUGGGGCCUGGAUGGGAAGAGGCUGCUCCGUCUCUCUUAUCAGGACUUGGAGGUUUUGGGCGUGAGACGAGUCGGACAUCAGGAGUUGCUUCUGGAAGCAGUGGAGCAGCUCUGUAUAUUGAACUAUGAGCUGUCGUCGCUGAGCCUUCGGACACUCACCGAGAAGCUCCAAGGGAUCAUUCGGACCAUCCAGGUGUUCAUCUUGAGCCGCCGGAAAGUCGGCACUUACAACGGAGACGUUGUUGACAAGCCGACCUCGGACCUCCUGGCCUGCGUUGUGGAGCUCCUCGCGGCUGCCAAAGGCCUCUUCUUAUGGCUCAACAGGUAUCUCUUCUCCCACUUGCAUGACUAUUCGGCCAGCCGAGACAUCAUCUGGCUUUGCGGAGACUUGGCGGAGAUUGUGCAAAAGGAUUGCACCGUCUCUGAGCGGGAAGAGCGGAUCUUAUUGAUUGGCAGGCACAUCUUUGGGAUCUGUGAGCAAAUCCUGAGCCACAGCCCUGCCAACCUCCUGAAUCAAACGGCCGUUUUGGAGACGGUGGAGCUCGUGCCGACGGGGCCCGAAGACAGCCUGGGCAUUGAGAUUAAGUCCUCGCCUUCUUGUCUCCAUUUCAUAUCGGGAACGGCCCCCGAGUCUUCGGCCGAACACGGCAACAGGGUCCUCCCGGGAGACGAGGUUCUGCAAGUCAACGGUCAGGUUGUGGUAGGCUGGACCCGGAUGAACCUGGUGAAGAAGCUUCUCGAGACUUCCGAUCAGGUGACUUUGGUGCUGAAGAAAAUCCCGCUCGUUUUUGCGGAAUCGCCCAGCCCGCCCGAGUCUCCUUCUCGACGGCAGGCACCGGACGCUUUCUUGGACGCUUUGGAGACGUCAAGCCUGCAGAGCGAUGAAUCCCCAACAAGUUCCGCUUCCCCGACUUCAAGUGUGAUGGCUGAGCUAGAACAGAGCACAGAUUCUGCAUUAGAUCUCCCCGCGGACCAAGAUGAAGAACAACCAGGCAUUGGCUCAAGGCACACGUAUGACCUUACGGGACAUCUUUCUGGAGAAGAUUCACCCGCAGGAGCGUCGGCUGACCUUGCGCAGAGCUUUGAGGCGGUUUCAGACGAGCACCCGUCCCCAGAAACGUCCACUCCGACCAAACCCAGGUCAUUGGAGCUUGGGUUGCAAAGCCCAGAAAGCCCAGAGAAUGGAUUUGUCCGGGGAAGCCAAGGCUCGGGAUCGACCAAUUCAUCCAAAGAGGCUUCUCAGGGGAGCAUUGAAUAUCGAAGAAAGCAAAAAGGCAUGGCCACCCGGUUGAGCCGGCGGCGCAUCUCCUGCCAGGAACUGGGCAAAGUGGACUGCGACGGGUGGCUCUUGAAGAAGAAGGACCACGUGGGCUUCAUGGCCCAGAAGUGGAAGCGGUUCUGGUUCGUGCUCAAAGGGCAAACGCUCUACUGGUACAGCAACCCCCACGAUGAAAAAGCGGUGGGCCUCAUCAACGUCUCUGCCUACCGACUGGAAAGCACCAAGACGCAGAAAAAGAAAUAUGUCUUCCAGUUCACGCACGAGAAGUACAAGCCUUUCGUCUUUGCAGCAGAGACCCUGGCUGACCUGAGCAUGUGGGUCAGCCGCUUGAUCACAACAAUGAUGAAAUAUACUUCGAGUCACAAGUCGGUCCCGCCCAGGCAAGAAGAUUGCUACAGCGAAACAGAAGCAGAAGAUCCAGAAGAAGACUCUCCCAGGCACAGCCUUGAGCGGCCGAAGGGAAGGGCGCUGGAGAAAGACCAGAUGCCGACGGGUGCCGCGGGGAGCAGUGAAUCCCCCGUCAAGAGUCCUCUGGGAAGUCCCGUCCUUUGGCAAAAAGAAGACCCCGGCACAGCGUCUUCCUCUCCCACAGGAGAUCCCGCAGGAGAAGAGCUGGAGUCGCUGAUCAGGUGCCUGAAGCAGGGUGGAGUGUCCCUCAUUGGGAAGCAGCAGGUCUUCACCCGCGAGUACUACCGGAAAUCCUUCGUCAAGCGCAACAAAAACCCAGAGAUCAAUGAGAAGGUGCAUCUCAUCCGGACCCUCCAAAGCACACUGAAGGCAAAAACUGCUGAGCUCCAGCUCCUUGAUAUUCUCCUGGACGACUCGGACUUGACUUCUGAGAAAUUCAGGCUCUGGAAAGAACAACACCAGGAGCUGUACCAGGAAAUCCAGGCCUGGUGGGCCCAGAAGGUCAGCCAAGAAGAUGGUGCAAGGACAGGCCCUGCCUCGGACAUUUGUCCAGAGGAGGUUGCAGCAGCAGCAGCAGCAGAUCCAUGAACCCUCAUAGGCAGAAGAUAUCUGGCUCCAAACAAUGGAGCAGUUGGAGAUCUAGGACUUGGACGUGUAUUGGUUCAACAGGACUGGAGGUCUCCCAAUGACAGAUGUAUUACUUUGGUUAUGAGAAAUCAGCCCUGGUCUAGAGGACUUUCUUGCUCAUUCCCCUGAGUCGGACCUGAGGGAUUUGCACCACUAUCUCCAGACCUUCCUUGCUUAGACGAUCCCUUGUUGUCCGAGUAUGAUGGCCUUCCAAGUUCUUAGAGUUUUUUGAACAUAUGGAGGUCGGUGCACAGCUGAUCAACACAAAGUCUUCACAGAGUGAGGGUCCCAACCAGUGGUGUGGUUGACACCAUGAUGGUGGCUUCUCAGUCUGUUGCAGCCUUCUUCUGUUGUAACAUGAACUAUGUGUGGUUGACACCAUGAUGGUGGCUCCUCAGUCUGUUGCAGCCUUCUUCUGUUGUAACAUGAACUAUGUGUGGUUGACACCAUGAUGGUGGCUUCUCAGUCUGUUGCAGCCUUCUUCUGUUGUAGCAUGAACUAUGUGUGGUUGACACCAUGAUGGUGGCUUCUCAGUCUGUUGCAGCCUUCUUCUGUUGUAACAUGAACUAUGUGUGGUUGACACCAUGAUGGUGGCUUCUCAGUCUGUUGCAGCCUUCUUCUGUUGUAACAUGAACUAUGUGUGGUUGACACCAUGAUGGUGGCUUCUCAGUCUGUUGCAGCCUUCUUCUGUUGUAACAUGAACUAUGUGUGGUUGACACCAUGAUGGUGGCUUCUCAGUCUGUUGCAGCCUUCUUCUGUUGUAACAUGAACUAUGUGUGGUUGACACCAUGAUGGUGGCUUCUCAGUCUGUUGCAGCCUUCUUCUGUUGUAACAUGAACUAUGUGUGGUUGACACCAUGAUGGUGGCUUCUCAGUCUGUUGCAGCCUUCUUCUGUUGUAACAUGAACUAUGUGUGGUUGACACCAUGAUGGUGGCUUCUCAGUCUGUUGCAGCCUUCUUCUGUUGUAACAUGAACUAUGUGUGGUUGACACCAUGAUGGUGGCUUCUCAGUCUGUUGAAGCCUUCUUCUGUUGUAACAUGAACUAUGUGUGGUUGACACCAUGAUGGUGGCUUCUCAGUCUGUUGAAGCCUUCUUCAGUUGUAACAUCUACCAUGUUCUCCUCCGCCUGAUCCACCUUUGAGGUCUUCUGAUGGUCUCCAGACCAUCCUCUCGUUCAAGAGAGUUGUCUCACUGGCAAAAAAAUCCUACUGUAGGACUGAGAAAAGAUACGGCUUGUCCAUUGCCUAUUGGGCAUUAGAGUUUCAAAGACAUUUCAAUGGUUCACAAGAAACAGAACGUGGCAUUGACUCCUGGUGGAUCAACCAGUAGACAAGACAAAACAGGUCAAGAUUUCUCUGGCAUGUUUCAGGUUGACACUCCUUCCUCAGGUGCAUUUGGAGACAACGACAAGAAAAAAAGACAUUGUAGUUAUUCAUAGCUAAAAUUCUUAUAUGUCAGCAGCCCACAGCCAGGAAUGUUUUAUUUGUGAUGAUAUUUUGUACUUGGACAAAUUGUUAAAUUGAAUUUUUGUUUUUCUAAAAAAUCUUAUAUCUGUCAAAUGUACUAUUUAUUUCUAUCACACAUGAGCAAAGGCUUAUUAACAAAAAAACCCCUCCUCAUAAAUGUA